AUGAAGACUAAGCGAGAUGUGGAAGACUUAGAACUAGAUGAGCGAGGGACCGAACAGUCUUACUUCUCUGGGUCGAGUCGUCAGCGGCAAGGAGGACCACCCGUCACCAUUAUCGUUCCAGAAGUUAGCAGCAGCCCGGAAGAACCUGUCCGGCCUCCACGCUCGGCUUCGAUAGAGGCGGGCCCUGUGCCAGUCGGAGUCCACGAACUGCCUAUGUAUGCAACCACCGGGAUACCACCAGCAUUAUCUGGAGUUGGAAGGAAGGAGCCGCCAUCCGCGUCGCCGACCGCUACCACGCCAAAGGACGACAGUAUGGUGGGAAAACUUCGUAGCUGGGCGUCCAGUCACUUAUCGGCCGAAACGGUCAAGACUUGCACAAAAGCCGUAGUCGCUUUUUACUUAGCUGUUCUUAUUGUCUUGAUUCGACCGAUCGCUCACGACUUUGGAACAACCGCCUAUCUGGCUCCUAUCGCCGUCCUCCUUUUCUCUCCAGUAAAGACGGUCGGCGCCUUCUCCGAAACGAUAUUAAUCUGUUGCAUCGGUCUGGCGCUUGGUUCGGCCAUUACGGUGGUCGCUCUGACUCUGUCCGUGGCGUAUUCCGACUCCUUUGACACCUACGAGGAAGGCGAAGCUGGAGCCGCUUUGAUCCAGAUAGCAUUCUUGGUCAUGGCCACCUUCAUGUUGGGCUACGUUCGAGCUUCAUACCCCCGUCUGCACGUCUCGACGGUCAUCACUGCUCUCGCCCUGGCGUUUCCGAUGACCACGCGGGCGAAAACGCGUGAAGGAAUCCCUAUCUCGUUGUGGGCAAUCAUCAAGCCUAUCCUGGCAGGAGGUUUGAUAUGCUUGGUCACAAACCUCUUGGUUUUUCCAAAGUUCAGUGGACGAAUUCUAAAAUCAUCUAUCGACGACUCCGUAAAAGAAUGCACAGAACUCCUGGACAUGAUAGUCCAAAGUUUCCUGAAAGCCGGCACUAAAGACGCCACACCACUAGAAAAACUGCUCGCCAAACAAGAAACAGUCCGCGCCGCUAUCGCCAAAACGAAAGCCGCCCGCCGCGAGUGCCAAUACGAAGUCACCUACAACCGCUACUCACCCGACGACUACAAGCUGCUUGUCCAGCCUCUGCAGGAGAUGAUGAAGUACCUCAGCGGGAUGGUGGCGUGCGUCAAGCUGGCGAACGAGCUGAUGGGGGUUGAGGAGGUUACGCGGAAUGCUAGCAUUAUUCGCAGGAAUCCGCUGCAGGCGAGUGUCGAGGAUAGCGUUCAGUCGCAUGCGGUUCAUGGAGCGUAUGGCGAACACUUGGACCCCAUCAGUCGGCGACAGGCGGCGAUGAAGAUUCUGCAACAUGAGAAUCACGUUCCGCAUGAUUCGCCUGCGUCACCAAUUCAGACGACUGUAAGGUCGACUCGGAGUCAGAUGUCGUUGAGAUCCAUCCAAGCAGCCAGCGUAUAUCUCGAGCACGAGAUCGCUGAAGGCCACCACGUUCAAAUUGUUGGGCGCGAAAUCACGAGAGGGAUGUACGGCGGAUGCAAACGACUCCUACAGCAAUACCUACAAUCCGUUUCCGGCACCCUCGUCGAGUUGACCUCCGCCGGCGUCUCCUGUCUCGAAUACGGAAACCAACAGAUGAACGCCGCCACUGGCACACCUCCCGGACGGGUAUCCCACAUCUUCCAACUCCUCAAAAGCUCCCCCUCCCUCCUCCGCUCCUCCCGCGACGGCGUCUGCAAAGAAGCGCGCCGACGCAGCAGAGUCACCUCAUCCGAUUUGCACACCAGCAACAUCGGCCUCUUCGCCCUGAAAGACACGCCCAUGUACACACUCCAAGCCGCCAUCCGGGCUUUUGAAGAAUCCGAAUGGGCCGUCAUGUCCCGCGUCUCCCACCAAAUCGAUCCCUUAGCACCCUUCACCCCCGGCGGGCCCACCAAUGCAACAAACACCCACUGGAACGCAGCCAACAUGUUUCGCGAAGAAUACUUCCUCGCCGCCUUCUUCAUGUUUAACAUGAAAGAGUCCGCCUCCAAGGUGCUCAAAUUCGUGGAAGGCGUGGAAGAGAUGCGCGCGAAACGCGUCGCCCCCAAACGGUUCUGGAGACCCGACGUGAAAUUCGGUAAAUGGGCCAUGGGGGCCGCGCCUGAACUGGAGAAUACAAAGGCGCCGGAUAUUGCUGAGUUUACCGAGGGGCAGGAGACGACUAUUGCGCCGGGUGUAAUGGGGAGGGUGAGGUGGAAGAUGUGGACGUUUUUUAAGGGGUUUCAGACGCAUCCGAUGAGGUUUGGGUUCAAGAUGUCGUUGGCUACGGCGUUGCUUGCUUGGCCGGCUUUUGUGUGGGCUGAUUGGUGGUCACAGUGGAGGGGAACGUGGGCGUUGGUCACGAUGCUUUUGGUGAUAUCUCCGAGCGUCGGGGCUUCAGUCGGCAUGGGCUUAUAUCGAACCCUUGCAGGCGGCAUCUACGGCUACCUUACCUGGGCCAUCGCGCCCGAAAACCCCUACGUCACAACCCUCCUUACCCUCCUCUGGGCCUUCCCCAACUUCUACAUCUUCACCCGCACCCCGCACGCACGUCUCGGCACCGCCGCCCUCGUCACCUUCGCGGUAGUCGGGCUCUCCGUCUACGUCCGCGACCCCGCAGUCACGGGGGACCCCGUAAUCCUCCUCGCACUCAAACGCAUGAUGACGAUCUCCAUCGGCGUCUGUGUCGCGCUGAUCGUUACGAGCUACUUUUGGCCGUUUGUGGCGAGGAUUGAGUUGAGGAUUGCGUUGAGUAAGAAUGUGUAUCUGAUGUCGGUGCUCUGCUCGCAACUCGCCGCUAUCGUCACUUCGAGCGACGAAGCAGCGUCUAACCCUUCACAUUACGUCCUCGCCCGCCAUAAACGCGCUCGACUGCGUAUCCGCCACAUCGAACGCGCCCUCGCGGCCUCCGUCACGCGACAAAAGGAAUUGCUGGUGAUGACCACCAACGAGCCCCGGCUGAAGGGACCGUUUGCGUACCAUAUUGUGAAGGAGAUUAUCACCGUUGAGCAGAAUUUGGUUGAGAGGUUGGGGAAUAUACGCAGGAUUGUGGAUGGCGAGUAUGCGGCUGUGGACGGAGCUGAUGACCACGCGCAGGGGGAUGUCGAUAUAGGGUUUGGGAAAUUUGUCAGGAAGGAGAUCUUGAUGCCGGUUGAUAAGUACCGCAUCGACAUGUUCGCCUCCCUCCUCCUCUACCUCCACACGCUCUCGACUUCCCUCUUCACCAAAACACCCCUCCCGCCCUUCCUCCCACCCGCCCGGGCCGCCCGUCUCCGCCUCUUCAGCAAGAUCCGCGACCUACCCUUGCUUCGCGACCGGGUGCUGACGGAUAAGAAGGAGGAACGGGAGGGGUAUAUCAAGUUUAUGGCGUAUAGCAGUGCGAUGGAGGAUUUGAUUGAGGGGGUGGAGGAGAUGGGCGGGCUUGUGAGACGGUGGGUUGGGCAGGGGGUUGCGGGGGAGGGGUGA